GAACGACGACGCGGGGACAGGAACCACUGCGGACGACAAGAGUUCUCGGGCUUUUUCACUUCCUUCUCCCGACGAGGCCAGUCUCUGUAUUGUCGGACCAGAAAACCGCGUUAUCUUUUCAACCAAUCAGAGAGAAGUAUUAGCAAUACCCUUUCGUUCCCAUACAAAAGAAACGCAUAUCAUCACUUUGAUCAGCAUCAUGGCUGAAGCUACAGCACCGCCAGCGCUGCACACCAAGAAGGACCGAAAGGAUAUUAACGGAGUCUCGACGGAUAUCGCCGUCUCGAUCUUCGUAGACCGCGUGUUCAUCGCUGUGACGCAGCUAGGCACCUUCGGCACAUUGGUGGAGGCGCAUCAAAAGGACUCGAUUAGUGGCAAGUUUCAGCCGGACAUCCAUGUUCGUCUUGGGCGGCGCGACGACCCACUGCUGCUAGUGUACGCGCGGCAGUUUCUGGAACACUUUGGUAUUCCUGUCGGCCUGCCGAUCCUGGCGGCAAUUGGACUGAAGGACCGCUCGUCGGGCACGUUUGAGGUUGUUAUGCAGAGUGUGAAAGAGCUCUUCGGUCAGGCCCAGAGCGCACAGACGAAACAGUAGCGUAUUAGAUUCCCACGAGGUGAACAAACUGCUUUGGAAAACAAUACUGACGAGAAAUGUUGUUGGGAAGCUUAACAUAAUUGUAGAAGUAGAGGUGCUCGCGGUGGAGGGGAACGCUAUGCUGUGCUUUUCAGUACUGCAUGCAUGAAUUCCCACAAUUGGUUACCGAUGGCAUUGUUCGCAACUUGGCGUAGAUAAGUUGCCAAGCUUUGCCACACAUUCUCCAGAACGUCACUAGGAGAGUGGGGGCGUGUACUUGGUAUCAGGGAAUGCCAUAAUUGGCUCGCAGCAGA